GUUUGAGUUAAACAGUACUCCAUGGAAGUGUUUUAUUUAGGGGUCUAUUCCACAGGUGCUCAGGGGUCCUCUUAACUCUACCACAGUGUUAGACUCAGUGUGGCAUGGCGUGAGCAGCAUCAAAGAUUUCAUCGUGAGGCCAACAUGUUAAUAAAAGCACAACUUGGAGGAAAAAAGAAAUAUCUGAAACUGGAAGAAGUUAGCUUCGCAGAGUUUAUCACUGCAGUCCAGCAGAAGUUUCUGAUACCAGAGACUACACCACUGAGGGUCACAGAUGACCAGGGUGUGGAAGUUGAUGAGGAUGUUUUUCCAGACCUUGCAACAGCCAAAGAAAUAUGCUUUUUCAUCUACACUGAUCAAGACCUUCCAGUUGCUGAAGCAUCCAUGAUCUCUACUGAGUGUUCAGACCUGACUGAGUAUGUGACCCUCACUACUUGUGAUUUGACAGUCCUGCAGCAAGAGGAUGAUAGGACCUCUUCACCAUCCCUUACAGAUACAGUCUCUGUUUCAAGCAGUUUAAGCAGUGAGACAAGUGAUCAGGGAUGUCAGAUUGUUCCCCCUUUGAAUAGUAUCCUUGCAAAAAAUAAUGUAGAGCAAAUUCUCUCCUCAAAACCAGCUGGCAUGACUGUGAUAAAAGAGUAUGAGGAGACUGGGAGUUUAAAAGAUUCUACCCGGCGGUUAAUGGUUAACAUUAUUGUGGCUCAUAUGCAUGAAAAAGAAGGGAGAGCUGUUAGCAAAGCAACAAAGGAAUUCCAUGCCCUUGGAAUUGUGUCACUGUUCCCAUCUCUGAAGGACCCGUACUCCAAAAAGGGAUAUGAACACUUCUAUGACAUUCAGAGCAACAAAGGCUUUCUACAGUGGCGUAUGAAAACAGUGCAGCGUAAAUCCAGAACCGUGUCAACAACCCAGAAUAACAUGGUGCUCACAGGAGGUCCUACAUCAUCAAGAUCAUUUGGUACCAUGGAUGACCAGCGAAAAGGAGACGAAUGUAUGGAAGCCAUGUCUCUCCUUCACUACACAACUGAUCGGGACUUGGUGUUCCAGAAGAUGAGAGAAACCUUCUGCUACCGUCAGCAGAUCCUUCAUGACCCACAGCGCGCAGCUGAUGUCCUACAAAUGUUUCCUCGUUUUUUGGAUGUCAAAGGACUGAUUUUGCAAGACUUCUCACUGAUGUUUGGAGCUGAUGUCGCUUCAAGAUUCCUUGAAAAAUGGAACACCAGUUUCAAAGACAAAGUCAUCCAGGAGGCCAGGGCCCUGAAAGAGACUGUUCUCCUUAAACAGCAGUUAAAAGCUGCCCUGAAUGAAAGGUCUGAUGCUACUGAUGAGCCAGAGUGGGAUAGCGACAUGGCUUCCAUUCUUGUGUUGCUGCAUCUUCUCACUCCCCAACCAGCUGGCAGAAAGCGGCCAAAGAAGAUCAGUGUUGGUGAGGCAAUGGAUCAUCUAGUGAAAUUUCACAAGUCAUGCAAUAGCCUUGAGGAUCAUCUCUUGACUGCUGCAGAAACCCGUCAGCCAUAUGUUCUUGCCAGUGGGACUUCAAAGGCACAGGUUUUCACCUUCUACAUUGUCUUGGACAAGAAGCUUCUGCCUUGUCAGUCAUGUACAUCCUUAGGUGCUUUUGAUGAGUUGUUCAAGUCUCAUUUUGUUUUCAGUGUGAAGUAUGAUGAUGCUCUGUCCAGCCUGUACACAUUUUUGCAGACAACUGUGUACAAUAUUGACAUAGGCACAACUGAAGAAACUCCAAAAGUCAAAGAGCUGAGAGCAAAGUUGUUGAACAAGCUUUAGUUGGCCUUC